CCCGGGAGUAAAUAAAACCAGCCAUUGGACCGCUGUUCUGCUUGUUUCUCUCUCUUGCGUCGGUCGGCUGGUUCGUCAGUACACUCGCCGAUAAGCUCGCGGCCAGCGACGAAGAGGAAAGGGCCGGCCCGCCUUUUCUCUCUCUGGGGGAUCCGAAUCCGGUCCACCCGGGAGUGCAACAGAGGUUGCAUACAUGGACGAUUCCCUCACAAGUUCUUGGAUGACCAGCUUGUGUGGGAGCCCAGUUUGCACCAGCCAAGAUGUAGUUUCAUGCGCCUUCGUGGAAAUAUUCGACUCUUCCACUUGCAUGAAUCAUCUGGUGGCGACGGGCAUCGUCUUGCUGUUAGUGGUCGUUCUCAUACUCCAAUUGCUUGUCAAAAUUCCAAAGAGCAGAGCGUCCCCGCAGCAGCUUGUCGCUCUCGGCUCACCACUAAAGCUGGCUGCAGUAGUGUUCAAUGGCUGCCUGGGUUUGGUUUAUCUUGGGCUGGGACUCUGGAUGCUGUGGACUAACUUCAAUCAGGGUGCCUCAGUUUUCCUGACACACUGGUGGCUUGUAACAUUAUCUCAAGGAUUUGGUCUGAUCCUUACCAGCUUUGCUUUCAGCAUCAGGCCUCGGUUCCUCGGGGCAGCAUUUGUUCGAUUUUGGUCGGUUUCGGUGACCAUCUAUGCAGCAUUCAUCAGUUGUUCCUCGGUUCUUCACCUUAUCGCAGAUAAGGCGAUCACCGUCAAGGCUUGUUUAGAUGUUCUGUCCCUACCAGGUGCAGUUCUCCUUCUUCUUUAUGGCAUUUGUCGCGCCCAGGAUGAAGAGGGUUAUGUAGGAAAUGGAAAUGGUCUCUACAGGCCCCUGAACACCGAGGCAGACAGUGAAAUAGCUAAUCCAAUCAGUCAGGUAACUCCUUUUGCUAAAGCUGGUUUUUUCAGCAAGAUGUCAUUUUGGUGGUUGAAUCCUUUAAUGAAUAUGGGUUAUGAGAAGACCCUCGAGGACAAAGACAUUCCACUCUUAGGUGCCACAGAUCGAGCAGAGUACCAAUACUUCACGUUCGGGGAGAAGCUGAACAGCAAGAAGCAUUCCCAGUCAAAUGCCACUCCAUCAAUCUUCUGGACUAUUGUUUCUUGUCACAGGCAUGAGAUCAUGGUCUCAGGUUUCUUUGCUUUGCUCAAAGUUCUCACCAUAUCUACAGGCCCAUUGCUUCUCAAGGCAUUCAUCAAUGUAUCAAUUGGGAAAGGGACAUUUAAAUAUGAAGGUUAUGUGCUUGCUGCGAUAAUGUUCGUCUGCAAAUGCUGUGAAUCGUUAUCGCAGAGACAGUGGUAUUUUCGCACUCGGAGAUUAGGAUUGCAGAUGAGGUCAUUCCUGUCAGCAGCUAUUUACAAGAAACAGCAGAAACUAUCAAACACAGCAAAAAUAAAACACUCUUCUGGAGAAAUUAUGAACUAUGUGACUGUCGAUGCCUACCGGAUUGGGGAAUUCCCAUACUGGUUCCAUCAAACAUGGACAACAAGUGUUCAACUUUGCCUUGCUCUGGUAAUUCUAUAUAAUGCGGUCGGUGCUGCAAUGGUUUCAUCGUUGGUUGUCAUCAUUGUCACAGUACUCUGCAAUGCUCCAUUGGCCAGACUGCAACACAAGUUUCAGAGUAAACUUAUGGAAGCACAAGACGUGAGAUUGAAGGCCAUGUCUGAGUCCUUAGUUCAUAUGAAGGUCUUGAAACUUUAUGCAUGGGAAGCUCACUUCAAGAAGGUCAUUGAGGGGUUGAGGGAGGUUGAGUACAAAUGGUUGUCAGCAUUCCAGCUUAGGAGGGCAUACAACAGUUUCUUGUUCUGGUCAUCACCUGUUUUGGUUUCGGCCGCAACCUUUCUAACAUGCUAUCUUUUGAAUAUACCUCUUGAUGCUAGCAACGUCUUUACCUUCGUGGCAACUCUGAGACUCGUGCAAGAACCAGUUAGGUCAAUGCCAGAUGUUAUUGGAGUUGUGAUACAAGCUAAGGUUGCUUUUACUCGGAUAGAGAAGUUUCUUGAUGCACCCGAGCUGAAUGGGAAAGUCAGGAAGAAAUACUGUGUGGGCAUCGAUUACCCAAUAACAAUGAACUUGUGCAAUUUCUCAUGGGAUGAAAAUCCAUCAAAACCAAAUCUAAAGAAUAUAAAUUUGGUAGUCAAAGCUGGAGAAAAGGUUGCAAUUUGUGGAGAGGUAGGAUCAGGUAAGUCUACGCUUUUGGCUGCUGUACUCGGAGAGGUCCCUAGAACUGAAGGCACGAUUCAAGUUUGUGGGAAAAUAGCAUAUGUUUCUCAGAAUGCAUGGAUCCAAACAGGAACCGUGCAAGAAAAUAUUCUAUUUGGAUCUUCUAUGGACAUGCAAAGAUACCAAGAAACACUGGUGAGGUGCUCGUUAGUAAAGGACUUUGAAAUGCUGCCAUAUGGAGACCUUACUGAGAUUGGGGAGCGAGGGGUAAACCUUAGUGGUGGUCAGAAGCAGCGGGUUCAGCUUGCUCGUGCUCUAUACCAAAAUGCAGACAUUUAUCUUCUGGAUGACCCUUUCAGUGCUGUUGAUGCCCAUACAGCAACAAGUCUCUUUAAUGAAUAUGUCAUGGGUGCUCUAUCAGACAAGACAGUUCUUUUGGUGACCCACCAAGUGGAUUUUCUACCUGUAUUUGACAUCAUUCUGUUAAUGUCAGAUGGAGAGGUUAUCCGUUCUGCACCUUAUCAAGAUCUAUUGGCAGAUUGUCAAGAAUUCAAAGACCUUGUAAAUGCCCAUAAAGAUACUAUUGGUGUUUCAGAUCUUAAUAAUACGUCCCCUCACAGAGCAAAGGGAAUAUCAAUAAUGGAGACGAAUGAUAUCCUCGGAAGCAGGUAUAUAGGACCUGUGAAGUCGUCACCAGUCGAUCAACUGAUUAAGAAAGAAGAAAGAGAAACCGGGGAUACAGGUCUUAAACCGUAUAUGAUUUACCUGCGUCAGAACAAAGGAUUCAUGUAUGCCUCGUUUUGUGCUAUUUCUCACAUUGUCUUCAUUGCCGGGCAAAUAACACAGAAUUCAUGGAUGGCUGCUAAUGUCCAAAAUCCUCAUGUUAGUACACUGAAGUUAAUUUCUGUGUACAUUGCUAUUGGAGUUUGCACCAUGUUCUUUUUGUUAUCAAGAUCAUUAUGUGUCGUCGUUCUCGGGAUCCAGACAUCAAGAUCCUUAUUUUCUCAGUUACUUAAUUCAUUGUUCCGUGCACCGAUGUCCUUUUUUGAUUGUACUCCUCUAGGAAGGGUUCUUAGCCGGGUCUCUUCAGAUUUGAGUAUUGUUGACCUUGAUGUUCCAUUUACCUUCAUGUUUAGUGUCAGCGCCAGCUUAAAUGCAUAUAGCAAUCUAGGGGUAUUGGCUGUUGUCACUUGGGAAGUUCUGUUUGUAUCCGUGCCAAUGAUAGUUUUGGCAAUUAGGUUGCAGAGGUACUAUCUAGCCUCGGCUAAGGAAUUGAUGCGAAUUAAUGGCACUACCAAGUCUGCUCUAGCAAAUCACUUAGGUGAAUCGAUUUCAGGGGCUAUAACAAUAAGGGCCUUUGAGGAAGAAGAUCGUUUCUUUGCUAAAAAUUUGGAUCUCAUUGACAAAAAUGCCAGUCCAUAUUUCUAUAAUUUUGCAGCAACUGAAUGGUUGAUUCAACGCCUGGAAAUAAUGAGUGCUGCCGUUCUUUCCUUUUCUGCCUUUGUCAUGGCUCUUCUUCCUCCAGGAACUUUUAGCCCUGGUUUUGUGGGGAUGGCAUUGUCCUAUGGUCUUUCGUUAAAUAUGUCAUUUGUUUUCUCUAUUCAAAAUCAAUGCAACCUUACGAAUCAAAUAAUUUCGGUGGAACGGGUGAACCAGUACAUGGACAUAAAAAGUGAAGCAGCAGAAGUUAUUGAAGAAAACCGACCCGCACCUGAUUGGCCCCAAGUUGGCAGCGUAGAGCUUAGAGAUUUGAAGAUUAGGUAUAGGGAAGAUUCCCCCCUUGUACUACAUGGAGUUACUUGCAAGUUUGAAGGUGGAGAUAAGAUUGGUAUAGUCGGUCGGACAGGAAGUGGAAAAACAACUUUAAUUGGUGCAUUGUUUCGUCUUGUUGAACCCACGGGAGGGAAAAUAAUUAUAGACUCUUUGGACAUCACUACGAUAGGCUUACAUGACCUGCGUUCGCGUUUGGGUAUCAUUCCACAAGAUCCAACACUUUUUCAGGGUACAGUAAGAUAUAAUCUUGAUCCUCUUGGGCAAUUCUCGGAUCAACAAAUAUGGGAGGUUCUUGACAAAUGUCAACUUCUUGAAGUUGUCCGGGAGAAGGAACAGGGAUUGGAUUCACAUGUUGUGGAGGACGGGUCAAACUGGAGCAUGGGCCAAAGGCAGCUCUUCUGUCUGGGACGGGCACUUUUGAGAAGGUGUCGUAUCUUAGUUCUUGAUGAAGCUACAGCCUCUAUAGACAAUGCAACAGAUGUUGUCCUUCAGAAAACAAUCCGGACAGAAUUCAAGUAUUGCACUGUUAUUACAGUCGCCCACCGUAUACCGACAGUUAUGGACUGUGAUAUGGUACUUGCAAUGAGCGAUGGGAGAGUUGUGGAGUAUGACAAACCUACGAAGCUCAUGGAAACUGAAGGGUCUCUUUUCCAUGAGCUGGUCAAGGAGUAUUGGUCAUACACAUCAAACGGAAACAUUUAGGAGUGAGUAUUGAUUGCAUGGGUUUUUUGCUGCAGGUUUUCAAGAGAUAACCAUAAAUCAGCUGAAAGAAAGAGAUAUGCUUGCCUCGAAGCAAAAGAUAUAAAGUAAUCUCUGCUUCACACCUCACAGCAAUUAAUCUAUUGUGAAUCUGAAGGACAGAUAGUGACAUCUGCCAGUUUGUAUGGAUUUCGUUUUUGCUAUCUAUUGCUACUUGAAACACUGAGCGACAUAUGGCAAACCGUUACCGUCCUUCAGAAUUGCUGAAGCUGAACAUAGCACAUCUCUGAAGAAUUCCUUGCUCCAGCAAUCAGAUAUUAUGCGAACUGCAUAGGAGUAGGACUCGUAGCCAAGUGUGUAGUUUUCACAUUACCUUACAUUGUACACGUUCUUUGAUUUUCUCUAUAGUAAGUGAAAAGCCAAAAACACACUCAAAAGGUUUAACAGUUUUUGACCUUCUGUUAUUUUGGUGUUGUUGUCUUAAUAAUGAUUGUGUAUUUACCAUUGAACCUGUGGAUUUUUGCUGGAAUCUUUAAUGAUGUGGUUUUUAUUGUUUUAA